AUGGCUCAUACAUCACCUCAAACAGGGAAACGACUUCGUGAAGCAGUCCGAGUCUCUGUAUUGAGAAGCAAGAGAUACUUCAAAAUCGAGAAAGAAGCCGUCAAUAUAAGUUCAAAAGAUAGAUUCGAUAGUGUUUGGAAUCAAGUCAACCAUGAGAAGACAAGGUUUGACGAGAAUUACGAGAAGGGUUGUGGAUUAAUCUCAAAGAAAUGUCAGGAUACGAGUGUUGCUAUGCAAGACUUCAUGAAAAAGUUUGCUCCAAUAUUGGAAAUCAUCAAGACUUUUGCCAGCCCUUAUGGUACCGUCGCAUUUGGCACUAUUUCUAUCCUUUUCGUUAGUAAGCAUGAAUUAGAACAGCAAGUUGGGUCGACCAUAUCCGCGAUCAAAGAUCGUUUACCCGGUCUGCAAGUGUAUCAGCAUAUUUACACCGACAAGAAAGAACUUGAUGUCAAGCUGCAAGGACAAAUCGUCAUGGCUUAUCAAGAGUUUAUUGAGUAUUGCAUUUUGGCCACAAGAUACUAUAAAAAGUUACCAAUAAGUGAGUAA